AUGACUGACAAUUUAAUUAUGCUUGUGAGCCUGGUGGUUCUUCACAGCAUGUUUAUAAAUGGAAGAACAACAUGUAAAUGGCACUUGAUGGAAGAAUGGCGUACACAGCCCUCAACAUAUGUGGUGAGUUGGACAGUGACAGAAAACAUCUGCCUGGAGUUCUAUGGGGAUUGCUGGUUUGGAGAUGUAAAUACUAAAAUGAAUACUUCUGGCAAUCAAGUUGUUCCCCAGAUUUGCCCUUUGCAAAUUCAAUUAGGAGACAUCCUUGUAAUUUCUUCUGAACCAUCUCUUCAAUAUCCAGAAAUAAAUGUGAUGAAUGUUUCUGAAGCAUCAUUCAUUGACUGUCUGCAAAAUACCACAACUGAAGAUCAGUUACUUUUUGGUUGCAAUCUAAAAGGAAUGCAUACUGUUAAUUCUCAGUGGCUGAGUGUUGGGACACAUUAUUUCAUCACAGUAAUGCCAAGUGGUCCAUCCCUUUGUCAACUGGGACUUCGACUAAAUGUAACAGUGAAAGAGCAGUUCUGCCAGGAAUAUCUGAGUUCGGAGCUUUGCUCUGGGCAUGGUACAUGUCUUACUGAAAUUUGGAGCAAGAUAUACAGCUGCCAUUGCCAGCCUCCAUUCUAUGGGAAAUACUGCCAGGAGCUGGAUUCAUAUUCCUUUAAGCCAUAUAAAAAUAAUGGCAGUGGCAUUAAUAAAAGAGAAAAAUGGAAUAAGCAAGGAUAUGAAUGUAUCUGUCACCCACAAAUUUCAGGCAUAAAUUGUUCAGAAAUAAUUGGGCAGUGUCAACCACAUAUCUGUUUCCAUAGGAACUGCAGAAAUAUUACUGCAAAUAGUUUCAUUUGUGAUUGUGAGGAACCAUUUUCAGGUCCAUUCUGUGAGGAGUCAGUGGAACAUUUUGUUUCUCAGUCUUGUUGGAAAGGAGAAAUUAGUCAAAAUAAAAGCUCAGCUUACAUUUUGGAAUGCAAAGAAGGAUAUCUCAAUCAAAGCUGUGAAACCUAUGUCAAUGAGUGUUCACCAAAACCAUGUCAGAAUGUUACUGACUGCAUUGAUAUUCCAAUGGAUAUCAUGUGCAUGUUUUCACCAAUAUGUACAGUCAAGCAUUGUAAGCAACUUCAAACACCACUGGAGUCUUUUCCUUGCAAGAUUAAUGCCACAAGUAUGAAAUAUGAGAAAGAUUAUCAUUGCAGUUGUAUUCCAGGAUUUACUGGAAAAAACUGUGAGAAAGUAAUUGACCGCUGCAGACUUUUCACCAUCAACUGUCUGAAUGAAGGAUGGUGUUUCAAUGUAAUCGGAAGAUUCAGAUAUAUAUGCACUCCAGGGUGCACAAGAAAUUCAUGUCGAUUUGUGAAGAAUGUUUGCUUAAUUCAUCUGAAUGCCUGCUACUGUGGAGCCAUCAGCCAUGGUAUUUUUCAAGCUGAAGUUGCAAGCCCUCCUCAAUUAAAAUACGUGUGGCAAUUGAAAUUUACAGGAUCAGAAGGUGAAAAUCAUGAAGUGGUUACUGGCAGCUACUUCUUUCUCGCUUGCAGCUGCAUGGAAGGUGCUGUCAGUCUGAACCGAUCCAAAACCCUUGGUCAUGUGUGUUGGUUCCUACGUGAAGGAACAAGGAAGAUAUGUGCAAAUGGAUGUAGUUGGUUGAUUAAAGAAGAUGAUAAGGGAUAUUGGUGCCUAUGUACUUCCACAUGGUUUUGCAAAAUGUGUCUGGAAAACACAACUGACUAUGAAGGAAGUAGGUGUCAACAAGUUAUUUAUGAAGAGGAAAUUAAUAUAUCCAGAUGCAGCUGUUUUCUUGGUCACAUGUUUAGAGUCCGUAUACUCAAUGUUGAUGACUGCUUAGGAAACCAGAGCACAUCAGUGCAAGGCCUCUGCCUGACCCAUUUGCACACCUGCAGUUGUAGCUCUCUGCAAAGAUGUGAAAGACACAUCUGUGAAAUAGAAACUGAAGAUUGUAAAUCUGCGCCCUGCAAAAAUGGAGCAACAGGUACACAUUUAUAUGGCUAUUUCUUUGGCAAAUGUUUCCCAGGAUUUACAGGCAAACAAUGCAGAAUAGAUGUAGAUGAGUGUGCUUCACAUCCCUGCAAGAAUGGAGCCACCUGCAUUGACCAUGCUGGUAAUCAUUCCUGUCAAUGCGUGGCUCCAUUUAAAGUGGUUGAUGGCUUCUCCUGUUUAUGCAGUCUCUGCUCUGCUGGUCUGAGGUGUAAACACGACUUUGAUGACUGCAUCCUAAAUGCCCAUGAGAACAAUUCUACCUGCAAAGAUCUGCGUCUGAACCACCAAUGCGUGUAUCUUUCUGGUUGGGAAGGAUAUUUUUGUGAACAAGAAUUCAAUGACUGCAAAAAGAAUCCCUGUAAGAACAAUUCCACCUGUACUGACCUUGACAAUGGCUAUCGCUGUGACUGUACAUCUGGAUGGACUGGACAGAAUUGUAGUGAAGAAAUAAAUGAAUGUGACUCUGACCCAUGCAUGAAUGGAGGUCUUUGUCAUGAAUCUUCCAUCCCUGGGCAAUUUGUGUGCCUGUGCCCACCCUUUUAUACUGGAAAAUUUUGCCAUCAACACUAUAACCCCUGCGAUCCACUCAGUGAUCCUUGCCAAAACAAUUCAACAUGCUUGACUUUGGUAGAUGGAAAUCAUUAUUGCAUUUGCAGAGAAGGAUUUAAAGGUGAACACUGUGAAAUUAACAUGAAUGAGUGCUUCCCCCUUCCUUGUCAGAACUGUGGUGACUGUAAAGUCGGGCUCAACAAUUUCAGGUGUGUUUGCAGACCUGGGUUUUCUGGACCUCUAUGUGAAACUAAUGAGUGUUCCUCUAAACCUUGCCAAAAUAAUGGAAUCUCUGUGGAUCUGACAAGUAGAUUUCUAUGUAAUUGUGAACCUGAGUAUCAUGGAUCUUUCUGUGAACUGGAUAUAAAUGAAUGUGAAAUCUCACCUUGUCCCGAUGGAGAAAAUUGUGUCAAAAGAACAGGUGGAUACAUCUGCCUCUGUGCUCCUGGUUAUUCAGGCAUCGAUUGUGAAGUAAAUAUAGACGAAUGUCUAUCAAAGCCCUGUCUCCGUGACGGAACUUGUAUUGAUGGCAUAAAUCAUUACACCUGUGACUGCAAGAGUGGGUUUUUCGGAGCACACUGUGAAGCAAAGGCAAAUGACUGCCUCUCACAUCCUCCUCUACAUGGCAGAUGCAUAGAUUUCAUUGAUAAGUGUCAAUGUUCAUGCAGUGCAGAAUGGACUAGCUCAAGAUGUAAGAUCAAGAUUAAUGCCUGCACAUCCAUCCCUUGUAUGAAUGAAGGCUUCUGUCGGAAGGCAGCCCAUGGCUUUACUUGCAUUUGCCCAAAUGGUACAUAUUGUGAAGUAAAUGUUAGCAGUUGUACUGAGCAUGAUCUGAAUGUGGUCCUCUGCCUUAACGGAGGGAUAUGUGUUGAUGGACCUGGACACACUUUUUAUUGCAGAUGUCUCCCUGGAUUUUCUGGGAAAUUUUGUGAAAUUAACAUAAAUGAAAGUUCUUCAUCACCAUGUCUAAAUGGUGUGAACUGUGAGGAUCACAUCAAUGGAUAUAUUUGCAAAUGUCAACAAGGAAGUUCAGGACAUCCCUGUGAGAAAGAACUUUAUGAGUGCCUUUCCAACUUACAUGUUCAUGGAAUGUGCAGAGGAAGUGAACCUGACGAAGGCUUGCCAUGUUUAUGCACACCUGGACUUGUGAUCUGCUCCAUUGGGCUUCUCUGUGGUAAUGAAAUAAGAAGAACCACCUGUUUACCUCCCAGCUCUCAAGGAAAAGAGGCCACUUCCGCACAAACAUACACAGUGCCCACCUCAGGGACGUCGGUCAGUAGCAUCCCACCUGCCAGGGCUACCCAACUGUGGGCCAUAGUGAACACUACUCCAGUUGGUGAAGGUCCAAAACAGACAGACUUUUUCCAGCACGACGUUCUCCCAACCACUGGUUUGGCAGCAUUAAAUAUUGGAACGUCCUCUGAAAGCUAUCUACUCAAAGAACUGAUUUCCACUAAAGAGCUUUCAGCAAAACACAGUCUUCCUUCUUCAGCAGAUGUUUCCUCUUCUCAGUUUCUGAAUUUUGGUGCUCAUGACCCAGCACAUAUCGUCGGGGGCAAAACAUCUGUAUCAUGUAUGCCCAUCCAAACUCCAGUGCGCGCACCAGGACUCUUUUUCCCUGAUAGGGGAGAGAGCACCCCGUUUAUCAUCUCAUCCUUAAUGACAGAUUUUAUUUUUCCUACACAAUCUUUAUUAUCUGAGAGCCCCCGGACUGUUGUCUUGUCUGCUACCACAAUGAGUUCAGUAAUUAGUGGUGUUCCAGGGGCUGAUGUUGAGUUAAACAGACACUCAUUACUCUCCCGUGGCUUCCCGCCCGCAACUGCUUCCGUGAGUGCACCUCCAGUCGUCUCUCAAGAGGAUAUUGAAGAAUAUUCAGCUCUUUCGUUAAUUUCAAGAAGAGAGUCCUGGAGACUGCUGAGCUCUUCGAUGUCUCCCAUUUCUCUUGCUGAGAUAAUCAUAUCCAAGCCGGUAGCCAUCUUAAAUUCAUCAACUCUGCACCAAUUCACCACACAAGCCUCCAUUCCCAGUGAAGAGCAGGUUAUUACCGAAGCAUCCAGCAACCAGAGACUCACAAAUAUCAAACCACAGGCUGCUGAUUCUUUAAGUGAAUUAAGUCAAACAUGUGCAACGUGUUCUAUGACUGAAAUAAAAUCCUUUCAUGAAUUUUCAGAUCAAGUUUUGCAUAGCAAACAGUCCCACUUUUACGAGACAUCCUGGAUGAAUUCAGCAGUAUUAGCCAGGUGGUUUGCACGAAUGGGAACACAAACUAUCACUUCUGGACAUUCACUUCCUUCGGCUGCUGAAAUCACGCCAUCAGUGGCAAUCACAGAACUGUCAUCUUUAUUUCCUUCUACAAAGAGUACAAAAAGAAGAAUUUUAGUCUCAUCCAUAGAAGAAUAUGUUACCCUAUCAAGUAAUUUGGAUGUUAAUUUAUGCUUGGAUAAGAUGUGUUCAUCCAUUAUCCCUUCACAAACUGUCCCUUCAGACCUGACGAAUUCGGAUUUGACUUCACAACAGACUGCUGAUGAUCCUUCAGUAUCAGAAAACAUUUUUAAACUAUUGAAAAUAGGACUCUAUGGUACAACUUUGGGUCCCACUGAGAUGCUGAAUGAAGACAAGUUACUGGGCGUGCGAGAGCAUGAAGGGUCUUAUACCCGGUUCAAACCUCACACAGGGGAUGGAUCUCUAAAUUUUGAAUUAAACUUUCAAAGUCAUCCAGAAACUAUACAUUCAAGUGACCUCAAAAACAACAUGCCACGACAUGUAGACUCCACGUCUGAUUUUUCAGAAGUAACCUCUCCUGUAGCAUUUUCUAUAGUUUCAGCAACUCAAUCACUUCCAAUACAGACCUCUGUCCCCAUGUCUGUAGUUAUGCCAGAUUGGACAUAUUAUACAGAUUAUCUGACCUUAGCACCUGAUUUAAGAGAAGAGGUCAGAACUUCUUCAGAAUGGUCCAGAUGGGAGCUGCAGCCUCGUGGGCGUGGUCAGGAAUCUCCUGUGGCAAGUCAAAGGCUUUCCAUCACUAGGUCUCUUAUCUGGUCUUCCCUGGAGCCCAUUCCGGCACCUCCUCAGCUGAUGAUUUCUGAUAUCAGUUGUGUUUGUUAUUACGGAGAUUCCUAUCUAGAAUUUCGGAAUGUGUUUUUAAAUCCACAAAAUAACAUCUCCCUAGAAUUUCAGACCUCCAACGCCUAUGGACUCCUGCUCUACAUCAAACAAGACUUAGAUUCAGGAGAUGGACUUUUUAUUCAAUUAUUUAUUGAAAAUGGUACUUUAAAGUACCACUUUUUCUGUGCUGGUGAAGCAAAAUUGAAAAGCAUUAACACUACUAUUAAAGUGGAUGAUGGACGAAAGUAUACACUGCUUAUCAGGCAAGAAUUGGAUCCAUGUAAAGCUGAACUGACUAUUCUAGGGAAGACUAUAAAAGCAAGAGAAUCUAUUGGUUAUGUACCAGGAAAAGCACUGCCAGAAUCAGGGGCUGUCUUUAUUGGUGGACUUCCAGAUCUUCAUGAAGCAAACCAGAUUUCUGGACCAGUUGAGAAUUUUACUGGCUGCAUAGAAGUUAUAGAAAUCAAUAACUGGGGAUCUUUCAUCCCAUCCAAGACAGUGAAAAAAAUUCACAUUGACAGUUGCAGAUCCCAGGAUUCUACCCCGUCAGCAACAUCCGCGUCUGUCCCUCCUUCUGGGGCCGCGGAAGGAGCCGGUUCCCCGGGGGCCUCACUCUUCCCCCGCGUGGCGCCGGCCACGUGCCAAGGGCGCGUGUGUCACCACGGGGGCACCUGCCGCACCGUCCUCCUCCCGGGGGGCGUCUUCUCCUUCCAGUGCGACUGUCCGCUCCAUUUCACCGGCCGGUUCUGUGAACGAGAUGCAGGUUUAUUUUUUCCAUCUUUCAAUGGGAAUUCCUACUUAGAACUGCCUUUUUGUACAACCCUGAGGAAGGAACGUAACAGAAUUGUUAACAUCUACUUGACUAUACAAACAAGCACUUUGAAUGGAACAAUUCUCUACAGUAAUGAGAAGAAUUUUGGACAACAGUUUCUUCAUUUAUUUCUUGUGGAAGGAAAGCCCACAGUUAAAUACGGAUGUGGAAGUUCUCAAAAUAUCUUGACUCUUUCUGCUAAUUACAGCAUUAACAGAAAUGCAUUCAUCCCUAUAACAAUACGCUACACAAUGCCUGUUGGCAGCCCUAGGGUUGCUUGUAUGAUUGAAAUGGCUGCAGAUGGAAAACCUCCAAUACGGAAAGAAGACACCAAGAUACCUCAUGUGUCCCAGGUAUAUUUUGAAAAAUUGUUCCUUGGCCAUAUCCCUGCAACUGUUAAGAUUCCUAAGAAUGCAGGCCACGUUUAUGGAUUCAAGGGCUGCAUUCAAGAGCUUCAAGUAAACAACAAAGAAUUCUUCCUCAUCGAUGAAGCCCUGAGUGGGAAAAACAUUGAGAACUGCCACAUCCCUCGGUGUGAGCAUCAUCUGUGCCGCAAUAAUGGUACCUGUAUCAGUGAUAGCGAAACUUGGUUUUGUGACUGUCCAAGGCUGUACUCGGGCAAGCAGUGCCAGUUUGCAACUUGUGAAAGCAACCCAUGUAGAAAUGGUGCCACCUGUGUUCCUAAAUCCGGGACAGACAUUGUCUGCCUCUGUCCGUAUGGAAGGUCUGGUCUCCUCUGCACUGAAGCUGUUCACAUCACCCAGCCCAGGCUCAGUGGGAUGGAUGCCUUUGGAUAUACCUCGUUCCUGGCUUAUUCACGGGUCCCAGACAUCAGCUAUGAUUAUGAGUUCCACUUGAAGUUUCAGCUGGCAAACAACCACUCAGCAGUGCAAGACAACUUGUUAUUUUUCACCGGACAGAAGGGCCAUGGGCUGAGUGGUGAUGACUUCCUGGCCGUGGGUCUGCGCAGCAGCCGCGUGGUUUACAGUUACAACCUGGGGUCUGGCACAGCAAGUGUCAGCAGCGACCCCCUCGAUCUGAGCCAUGGGAUCCACACGGUCCUUCUGGGGAGGUCCUUCCGAUCAGGCUGGCUGAAGGUAGAUGAUCAGCAAAAUAAAUCCAUCAUCUCUCCAGGAAAACUGGUUGGUCUCAAUGUCUUCAGUCAGUUUUAUGUAGGUGGCUACAGUGAAUACACUCCAGAUCUCCUACCGAAUGGAGCCGAUUUUAAAAAUAGCUUUCAAGGUUGUAUUUUUACUCUGCAAGUUCGCACUAAGAAGAAUGGCCAUUUCAGAAGCCUGGGGACGCCUGAGGGCCGCCCAAAUGCUGGGCGCAGCGUUGGCCAGUGUGAUGCUUCUCCCUGUCGCUUGAUGAAAUGUGGCAAUGGUGGGACGUGUGUGGAGCAGGGAUCGACUGUUUACUGUAACUGCCCUAGUGGUUGGAAAGGAGCCUUUUGCACGGAGAGAGUUUCCACCUGCGACCCUGAGCAUGACCCUCCACACCACUGCAGCAAAGGAGCAACUUGUGUCUCGUUGCCUCAUGGAUACACCUGUCACUGUCCACUAGGAACCACUGGAGUCUACUGUGAGCAAGCUUUGUCUAUAAGUGAUCCAUCUUUCAAAAGCCACGAAUUAUCCUGGAUGUCUUUUGCUUCCUUUCCUGUUCGAAAAAAGACACAUAUUCAAUUGCAGUUCCAGCCUCUUACUGCAGAUGGCAUCCUAUUCUACGUUGCCCAACGCUUAAAAGCAGAGUCAGGUGACUUUUUAUGUAUCUCUUUAGUAAACGGUUCUGUUCAACUCCGCUACAAUCUUGGUGACAGAACUAUCGUUCUAGAAACUCUCCAAAAAGUAGCUAUUAAUAGAAAUGCUUGGCAUGUGAUUAAAGCAGGAAGAGAUGGUGCAGAAAGCUACCUGACUUUGGAUGGGAUAAAUGUAACAGAAAAAGCCAACGCUACAAUGAGCUCCCUGGACACAAAUACCGACUUCUAUAUUGGAGGAGUGUCAUCCUUAAAUCUUGUAAAUCCCAUGGCAACAGGGAAAGAACCUGUAGGUUUUCAAGGUUGUGUCCGAGAAGUUAUUAUAAAUAAUCAAGAAUUACAAUUAACCGAAUUAGGAGCACAAGGUGGUUCAAAUGUAGGUGACUGUGAUGGGACAGCCUGUGGGUACAACGUGUGCAAAAACAGGGGUGAAUGUAUAGUAAAUGGCACAACUUUUUCUUGCAGCUGCUUACCACAUUGGGCAGGAAAUACAUGUGACCAGUCUGUGUAUUGUUUGAAUAAUCUUUGCCUCCACCAAUCUCUAUGUAUACCUGACCAAUCAUUUUCUUACAGUUGUUUGUGUACUUUGGGUUGGGUGGGAAGGUAUUGUGAAAACAACACUUCAUUUUCAACUGCAAAAUUUAUGGGUACUUCUUACAUUAAAUACACUGAUCCAGAUUACAGAAUGAGAAAUCUUCAGUUCACUACUAUAUCUUUAAAUUUCAGUACUACUGAAACAGAAGGUUUAAUUGUAUGGGUAGGAAAAGCUCAAAAUGAAGACGAUGAUUUUCUGGCAAUUGGUCUCCAUAAUCAGACCCUGAAAAUAGCAGUUAACUUAGGAGAAAGCAUCUCUGUACCUAUGAUUUACAGCAAUGGUACAUUCUGUUGCAGUAAGUGGCACCAUUUAAUUAUAAUUCAAAAUCAGACUCUUAUUAAGGCCUACCUAGAUGACAACCUAAUUCUCUCUGAGGAUACUAAUCCACACAAAACGUUUGUUGCUCUCAACUAUGAUGGUAUUUUUUAUCUGGGGGGCUUUGAAUAUGGCCGAAAGGUAAAUAUUGUUACUCAAGAGAUUUUUAAAAGAAGUUUUGUUGGCAAAAUUAAAGAUGUAUUUUUUCAGGAUUCAAAAAAAAUUGAGUUAAUUAAAUCGGAAGGAUACAAUGUUUAUAAUGGUGAUGAACAAGAUUAG